AUGUCCCUUUCUUUUUCAUCGCAUGUCAUGCCCUUCCCCCGUGUCGCAAGCAAAUCUGGACUGCGAUUUCUCAAUGCCCAUGUUUUGCGAAAGCUCGACCAUCAGCAUCGCCGAAGUUGCACGAAUCUCGCUUUCCCUUUCCGAAGCUUGACGCGUCCGAGGCGAGUCUCACGUGCUGCUCAUCUUCUCACCCCCACAUGGUCUGCCUUGGGUCAAACUCGAGGGGCGAGGAAGAAGGCUACAAUUAGUCUCGAUGAUAUUCCUCAAGGUACCAUUGAGCUCGGCGAUAAACUCCCGGUUCAGGAUGACGAAGAGCCGGACUAUCCACCGCUCAUUCAACAAGUGCGCAACAAUAUGCUCAAAUUCAGCCAUUGCGUGCUCUUAACACGAGUGGGAGGUUUCUAUGAGCUAUACUUUGAGCACGCUCUUGAUUAUGCCCCGCGAUUGAAUUUGAAGCUGACACGACGAAAACCAUCAAAAAAUAGCAAGAAGCCUGCUAUUCCAAUGGCCGGCUUUCCUUCCUACCAGUUGGAUCGCUACCUCAAGAUCUUGGUACAAGAUCUGAACAAGCACGUCGCCAUCAGUGAAGAGUUCCUGAAUGACGCACCUAAGAAAGCAAAAGGCGAGCCUGCUUAUACUCGACGAGUCACACGCAUCGUCACGCCAGGAACCUUAAUUGACGAGCAUUUCAUGGACCCAUGGCAAAACAACUACCUCCUUAGCAUCUAUAUUAAUCUUGAGGCACUCAAAGAAGAAAGUGCACAGCAGGGGAGUCCUGACAACCAAAGCGUCGCUUCAGUACUCAACCUUCCUAGCACUGAAGUAGGCCUUGCUUGGAUCGACUUAUCUAGUGGCGACUUCUUGACUCAGAACACAGACAUCGCAUGUUUGCCAUCGGCCGUUGCCCGCAUCAAACCAAGAGAGAUUGUACUGGACAACGUGUUUGAGGAAGGGGAGCAUUCCGGCAUCGUCUCCAUCUUGCGGGAGGACGGCCAUAUCAUCACUUUCCAACAACCGCCCGAACAGCCUCUGACAGUAGCCGACUGGAUCCCAAUGCUUGAGGAUGUAGUUGAUAACUUUGACAGAUCUGGCUUCAAACCAAGUGAAGUAGCCGCAGGUGGUUCAUUACUUCAUUACGUGAAGCAUCAGCUUCUCGGAUCAAGGCCUAGGCUUCAAGCUCCAGUGCGACAUCAGAUUGAGGAUCAUAUGAGCAUCGAUAGAAACAGUUUGCGGGCGCUUGAAAUCAGGAGUACUAUUCGAAAUGGUACGUACGAAGGGAGUUUGCUCCAUUCACUGAAGAAGACCGUUACGAAGAGUGGAACACGCCUGCUUUCGCAGAGGCUUGCUAGUCCUUCAAUGUCCUUAUCUACGAUUAAUGACCGGUUAGACCUAGUAGAAGAGAUGAUUGAGCAUCCACAACUACAACAAGAAGUCAUGACCCUGCUCGGUCAAACUUACGAUACCCGCCGCCUCGUCACCAAGUUCACCGUUGGUCGUGGAGAUGCAGAUGACCUCGUCGAACUCUGGAAAACAAUUCUUGCCACAUCUAGGAUUGCGGGCGUUCUGCGCGACCAUUCCACAUAUCGAAAUGCUAUUCCGAUCGACCCGGAUCGCACAGCAGCGAAGGAGCGCCGCCACAAUUGCUUGUCAGCCCUAGAGAAACGGUUUGAACUGACACAGCCGUUGGAAUUGGCUGAGCGAAUUCACGACGCGAUAGAUGAAGAGGGAUUAUCGGAAAAACAUCGUGCCGAGAAUGACAAGGCUGCUGAAAUGGUAGACUAUGCACAAGAUGUUUUAAGACAGGAGGGUGAGGAAGAAGAGCUCAAGCUUAUGCUGGAACGCAAACAGCAAAAGGGUCGUAUGAUUGAACCUAGCUUCAAAAGCUCAACUGAUGGCAGAGACGAUAUUUGGAUCAUCCAACGAACAGCGAGCGAGAAGCUGGAGCAGUUACAUACCACGUUGGAUGAGAUGACCGAGAAGAAAGGGUAUCUCGAGAAAGAGCUGCAAAAGGAACUACGUGCAGACAGCUUGACCCUGAAAUGGACACCAAACCUCGCACAUAUCGCACACGUCAAGGGCAAAGAUGCCAGACGUGUAACCGUGCGUUACCCAAAAAGCCUCAGCAGCAGUAAAUCCACGCGUUCCUUCCAAGUGCCAAAAUGGACUCAACUAGGCAUCCAGCUCGACGAAACAAGAUUCCGAAUACGCAACGAAGAGCAGAAAGUCCUAGGCGAACUCCGUGAAGAGGUUGUCCGGAACCUUGUAAAACUCCGACGAAACGCAGCCGUGCUGGAUGAGCUCGACGUUGCUUGUGCAUUUGCCGUCCUCGCAUACGAGAAAGCCUUUGUACGCCCUAUCCUGAACUCUGGUACCUCACACAAUAUUGUGGGAGGCCGGCACCCAGUCGUCGAAGCCAGUCUAGCCCACCAAGGCCGCAAAUUCGCCACUAACAACUGCUUCCUCUCCCCCUCCUCCCGCAUCUGGCUCAUUACAGGCCCUAAUAUGGCUGGAAAGUCCACCUAUCUCCGGCAAAACGCACUCAUCUCCAUCCUGGCCCAAACCGGCUCCUUCGUGCCCGCAGAAUAUGCCGAGAUCGGACUCGUCGACAAAAUCUUCAGCCGCGUCGGAUCCGCCGACAACUUGUACCAAGACCAAUCCACAUUCAUGGUCGAGAUGCUGGAAACUGCGCAGAUUCUCAAGGACGCAACACCGAGGAGUUUUGUUAUUAUGGAUGAGGUUGGAAGGGGGACGACGCCGGAAGAUGGGGUUGCGGUGGGGUAUGCUUGUUUGUGGCAUUUGUAUCAUGUUAAUAAGUCUAGGACUCUGUUUGCUACGCAUUUCCAUGCUCUAGCGGAUAUGACGAGGGGGUUCGAGAAAUUAGGGUGUUAUUGUAAUGAUGUAGCGGAAGAAGUAGAUGGGACGUUUUCGUAUGUGUAUCGAUUAAAGGAAGGCGUUAAUCGGCAUUCUCAUGCGCUGAAGGUUGCGAGAGUUGCUGGUCUUCCGGAAGCAGCUAUUGAUGUUGCCAGACAAACCUUGGAGAAGCUGAAACCUGCCGCAAGGAAUCUGAGCAAUGCAACAUGUGCAGACGAAGCGGGAUGUAAUCCUCCGCACAUCGCUUUGAGUGAAUAA